UGCCAAAAGUGGUUAUGGUGGAUAGUUUUCUGUAAUCUUUAUUUUAUGUUGUGUUGUGAAGUGAAAACAAGGUGAUUUUAAUGCCGUACCCAAGACGUUUCUCCGCCAAGAUGCCAGACUACGACGACGAUGUAACAGUUGUCGAUGUUUACGAUUUGGCAUCGGACAUUGGCAAGGAAUGUGAAAUAAUUAUCGAAAAAUAUGGCCCUGACGCUGUAACAGCUUUAUUGCCGAAGGUGAUAAAUGCACUGGAGCUGCUGGAGAACUUGGCGGUGCGUAAUGAGAAGGAGAAUCAGGCGCUACAGGAGUUGACGGCAAAAAUAUCACAAUUGGAAAACGACAAGAUAGAGAAGGCUGAGUACAGGCAACGGUUCGAAAAGGAAAUAGAAGCAAUCGAGGAACAAUGGCGUAAUGAAUCUGCAGAAUUGGUGACGGCUGUAGCGAGGCUUCAGGAUGAGAAUAAACGCUUGAGGCGGACCAUAAAUGCACCUACAGACGGUACAAGUGCUCCACCUUCGCCAGCACGGGAACAUGAUCAGGAAGUGCUAUCGCGAUUGAGCAGCACGGCGGAGAAGCAGCGAGCGACACUGCGUCACCAGGAGUUGCAGCUACAAGAGAAACAGCAACUAAUUGAUGGUUUGUCCAAUCAAGUGGAGAAGUUGGCACAAGUAAGCCGCGAUCUACGGCGGAAACACAAGCAGUUACAGAAUCAGAUGCGCUUAGUUUGUGAGGAGCGUUCAGAACUAACAGCUAUAGUUCAAUCGCAACAACGGGAUAUCGCCGCGCUCCAGCAGGCCGAUGCACAAAACAAGAAAUGUGCUGCAUGCGGCGCGGCGACACCUGAUGGGUACGACGACGAGGAUCAGUCUUCCAAGCCGACAUUCAGCGUACGCGAGUUACGCGCCAUAUUACAUGAGAGGAACGAGUUGAAGUUAAAGCUCAAUAGAGCCGAAGAACAGCUGCAGGCGUUGCAAGUUGAACCGCAACCAGAUAGCAGUUCAGAUACAUCGCCGUCUUUGAGCACGAUAGCAGCGGAAGAGGAAGAGGCGCCGGUACAGGGCCCGUUACCCGCGGAGCCUGACGACGCCCCCUGGAAGAAGAGCGGUGGAAUUAGGAAGUUUUUUCGCAAGCUCUUUGCUGAGUCUGAUAUCACCGUGGGAUCGUUCCCCCGGCGCUCGCUAUCCUCGCUUGCUAGCAAGAUGUCCUCGGCCGGUGGCGCCCCCACCGCCCCCGCGUAGGCACUCAUACCCCACCAACACCACCACCAUCCUCACCUCAUACAUCACAACACCGAAAUACAGACACUACUUGGACACAAGAAACCCA